GGCGUUUCAUGAUGUACAGGAACCAAGACAAAAACCAUCAAACACCAGCACUUUCCAGCAAAACCAGGAAAGACUUGAAGCAAGAGAUUCAGACAUGCAAAGUGAGUCGAAAAAGAACAUCCUUUUUCAGCCCACUCUCAACGCCAUGGGCGCCGCUUUUCUCCGCAGUCGCAACGAAGCACGCGAGCCCUUGGUGUCAGGAGAACCACCUGCGGCUCGCAGCUGCUUCGAGCGCUGUCGGAAGCGUCGACGUGUGCACGAAGCCUUCGGCGCUUCUGCUUCUUCCACUGCCACUGCCGACCUCGUUGAGCUGCCCAAGUGGGUGGUUUGGGUCUCUGUGGACCCACGCAGUGGCCACAUCACGCCCUAUCCCAAGGAGGUGAGCCAAACCUUGGAGUUGGCGCUCCAGCGGGGCGACGCGACGGUGAGCUUGGGCGACAGGUUCUUCGGCGCCACAGUGGAGCUCGGCGCGGCGCCGCAGCAGCGCACGGCGCGCGGCGGCCGCGACGUGCGGCGCGUGGCGCUGAAGACGUGCGACGAAGCGGUGACGCUGUGGGUGAGGCAGGGCAGAUAUCGUUGGGGUGCCGUGGAUGGUGUGGACCCAUCCAAUGCGCAAGGCCUUCAGGAGCGAGUGGUCUCGAUGCCGGAAGAGGCGGUCGACUUGAGCCAUUUGGAAGAGAGGCCAAGAGAGCGGCCUCCUCCUGAUCAUGAGGAAGGCAUGGCGCUCUGGCAGUGGUGCCAGCAGCUGCACGUGACACCUGCGCAGUCUGAACGAGUUCAGGACUGCUUUUGGGGCAUCUACAAUGAGCAGCAAAACCGUCAGAUCGAGGAGGCCUACCAAUCCGGCGAGCGGCAGAUCGAAAUCACUGUGGGUGUUCGUCAAUAUCAGGUGGUCUUUGGGCCUCCGGGCUUUGCAAGACAGGAGGACCCGCGCUUGCGGAAGCGCCGGCUCAUGCGACGCCAAUGGCUCUCGCCGGAGCACUUCCAACGGCGGAUGACGCAGGAUCAGCCGGCAACAACGGCUCGAGAUCAAGAGGAGUGCAUCCUUUGUCUUUGCGACUUUGCUGACACCGCACACAUGCCCGUGGUGGAGCUUCCUGAGUGCAAACACGUCUUCCAUCGUGCAUGUGCCCAACAACUGGUGGAUGCCCGCGGUAGGUGCCCCUGCUGCCGGAGCGAAGUGGACUGGUCCUUCUUGGGCUAACUGCGCAGGCUGAGACACGCUGCGCGUCCGCUGUGCCUGGCCGUUUAAGCCGCCAGAGACAAAGCAUCUUUGGCGGAAAGAAAUGGUCACGUGGCAAAGUAAAAAACGAAGGUGGAACGCGUUUUGCAUUCGGCCCCUCGGCCUGUG